AUGUCAAACGUUUCUAAAACUUCCAGCACAAAAUCUGUCAUUACUACUGAUGUUGGUCUUGCUUAUGGCGUAUCAAAAAUACACGGUGUCAAUCCAGUCCUUUUAAUCGAGAAAAUUCUGAGAGAACGAAUAUUAUACUCGUUGUACUGGCAACAGCCCUGUGUUACAUUAAAUUUAAUGACACUCCUCGAUGAAGUGGUAUUUAAUGUUAAAUUAAUAGGCACAUACUCUGAUGCUGGAAAGGUGCGACCUACGAGAUUCAUUUGCAUUAUUCUUCGACUUCUUCAAAUUCAACCUACAUCCGAUAUCAUCGCUUAUCUACUGCAACAAAAUGAUUUUAAAUACUUGCAAGCUAUUGCAGCAUUAUAUGUUCGCAUCACGAUGAACAGUAUUGAUAUUUAUAAAAAUCUUGAGCCACUUCUAUCAAAUUACUGCCGCCUCCGAAUUUAUGAUAGUGGAAAAUCAUAUAUAAUACAUAUGGAUGAAUAUAUAGAUAAUUUGUUGACCGGUUCAAGCUUUUGCGAUUUGACUUUUCCCAGAAUAGUUAGACGAGACCAGUUGGAAGAAACAGGAAAAUUAGACGAGAGGUUAAGCUCCAUACGUGAUGACUUUGAGAAAGAAGUUGAGGAGCAGGAGGAGGGGCAGCUUUAA